CCGUUUCUAUUGGCAAAUGAAUGUAGACUAACUGAGAGGGCAAACCACGGGCCCAUCAUACCAUUCAUUAUCUGCGACAUACGUAUGUACAUACAUAUGUAUGCAUGUAUGUGCAUGCAGCGGAAGUUUAGCUUACAAGUGGGAAGGGAGCAAAGUAAUAGCGAGGAGGCUUGAAAUUUGACAGAGGUCGGAGGCGCAGCAGUAACUUUAGCGGUCGAAGUUGUUACUCACUAAUCUCCGCAUGAGUGCGCGUCAACAACUACUUUGGAGAGACGAACUUAUUUAGUUUGCAACAUAAUGUCAAUGUUUGCUUUUAGUGGCUUCAAUGGAUUUGGCCAGUUCGGCGGCGAUCGUCAACGAAGCGAAAAUACUUUUAUAGAUAUAUCUUCCGAAAAGUUAACGAACUUUCAGAACGGUAAUUUGCUAGUUGCUGUCAGUUGGAGUUACACUGCCUACGCCAGAGAAAAUCAGCUCGUAUUACGUGGCUUUUUAUCUGGUAAACCAAAAUCUACAACUUGCAUACGAAGUGCCGAUAUCAUUACACAAUUGACCGCUUGUGAUAAGUUCUGUCUUGCGCUAUGCCAAAAUGGCAAAUUGCUUAAAGUUCGCCCCGAAAUCGACGGGAAACUAGAGGAGGUGAAGAUUGAUGCCGAAGUGCAAACGUUGCCGCAGAAACGCUCUAUUUUUGGCGAACCGCGUUCAACACCGCAACGAGCAGAAUGUUUGCAUAUUACGCACAUCGCGUGUGGUUCCAACAUCACCGUUGCUGUUAGUGCAACAAAUGCAGUCUACAGCGUGCCUAGUAAAAUCCAUCAAUUCCCAAAGCAUUUUCGUGUGCGUCAAAUACAAUGUGGGUUCGAACAUGCGCUGCUGCUUAGCGCCAAUGGCGAUAUCUACAGUUGGGGCAACGGCUUUCGAGGACAAUUGGGUCAGGAUGUACUGCGUGUAGAGGAGACACCGGUGCUGAUAGAAGCGCUCGCGGGCGUGAAAAUAAAUUUUAUAGCGGCUGGAGGGUGGCAUAACGCGGCUAUUUCCGUUUUUGGCGAUCUAUAUACCUGGGGUUUCAAUUCCAACGGACAAUUAGGUUUACGCAUAUUUAAAUCCACGAUUUCGGGAAAACUUAAAGAGCCAGCAGUGUUUGUGUUACCACAAAUUGUUGAAAUACCAGCGUGCAAGUGCCUGCACACCAAAAAUGUUGAGGAAAUUGAUAGCGUAGCGCAGGGAGAGGUCGUAGCAGCGGAAUGUGUGCCUGUGAAAGUAUUUGCAGGCGCACGACAUACGAUUCUACAGAUGAAUUGUGGUGCAUUGUUUGCUGCUGGCUGGAAUGCACAUGGCCAGUUGGGUGUGGGACGUCAGACCGAAUAUUGUGAUGAGUUUGAGCAUAUAACCUCUAUUGAGGGCAUAGUUGAAGAAUUGGGGGUUUUUUGUGGCGCUUGGAGUACUGUAAUUGCUAGAAAAAGUUGAUAAUUAAUUAGUUUCAGAUUUAGAGUAUUCAAGUGUAUAUAAAAUGAGGCUAAUACAUGCUUUGUGAAUAAUAGUCCCUUUAUAUGAGUAAUGCAUAGUUAAUUGCUAUCUCUAGUUUUACAAUAAUUAAAGCCUGAAAUGUGAUAAUGAAAUAGCUGAGAUGAAUGAGUAAUAUAAUUGAAAUUUAAUAUGUAUGUAUGUAUGUAUGUAUUUAAUACUAUAUUUGAUUUCUGUGAAAUUUAAUCGUAGCUGAGUAGAAAAGUUAUAAAUAUGACAAAAAAAUGUUUGUAUGUACGUUUCUGUGUACGCUUGAUAAAACAAAUUAAGUUCACUCAGCACGUUUACUCUGUCAGCCAAUAAAUGGUUUGAUUCUCCCGAAAUUUCACGACAAUCGGUUUCCACGACAGUCGGUUCUACGUUACCGAAACAACCCGGGUUUAUAUCCGACCAAGGACUGUCACCCCAGCAGCAUUUCCCGUAUGUGAGUAUGGGGAAUGUUUAUGCUGCUAUAACAACACCAACAACAACAUUCUCCCGAAAUAUUUCGGCAACCAGUCAUUUAUAGCCACAGCUUGAGUACCAUAUUAAUAAAAUUUCAAUGAAAUACUAAAGUUUGCUAUGAUAAAUCAAAUCCGAGUUUAUAGACUUUAAAGCAAAACAUAUUAAAAACACACACGUUGUUGAGUCAAAAGUGACAGUAACAUACAGGACAGACUGCGUUAUUUUACAUAAAACUUUGGCAAGGGGCCUGGUUUAUUAAUUGAACAGAAUGGCUGGCAGAAGAGUUUAGAAUGCGAUUACUACCGUUAAAAAUAAAUGAAUAAGAACAUUUUUUUUAGAGUUGAGAAUAACUAAAAUUAAUGUUCUAUAUUAUCUUAGCCGAGGAUUAGAAGGACAAACAUUUUUUUUUUCUUAAUAUUAAUUAAAUAAGACCUACCAAUGUCCUGCAGCAGGUCCAUAGUUUGACUAGCAGUAUGCGCUCCAUCUUGUUAAAACCACAAAUUAGGAUACUGCUCCGCCAUUGGCCGCAAAAGGUUUUCAAUCAAUGUUCUGUAAGAAGCUCCUGAAAUCGAUUCCGGGGUUUCAUCCUCAUUUACGAAGAAAUAUGGACCGAUAACUCUAGUGGCCAUAACACCGCACCAAACAGUACAUUUAGAUGGGUGCAACUGAUGUUGGUGUGUUGGAUUUUCAGAGCCCCACAAUCUACAGUUUUGUUUGUUGACAUAACCAUUUAAAUGGAAAUGCGCUUCAUCCGACAUAAAAACUUUAUUUAAAAGAUCAAUUUGUGUGGCUAAUUGUGUAAGAAUAGAAAAAUUCGAUAAUUUUAACGCGUUGUGUUGUACUGUAGGGUUCCAUAAUAAAUUUCCAACAAUUCAAUUAUAACCUAUAAAAAGAGAAAAAUAAAUAUGUCAAAAAAUAAAAAAAGUUAUUUGUGCUUAUCAUUAGUAGGUCUUAUUUGGCCCACCCUGUAGUAAGAAACUCAGCCAAAAGAUCUUCUCUAAGAAUGAAGAUCUUAGUACAAUUAACACAGAGCCCUUCUGGCCACAGCAACAUUCUGGAUUAAAACGAAAGGUCAGACUACGAAUUUCCAUGCGUUAAAAAUGACAAAAAGCUUAGCGUCAUUAUAGAGUAAAAUGGAUGGCAGAAAGGUCUACAAUCCACAUACUAUUCAUAGAAUUUCUUUACACAUUAAUCCACAAUGACGGAAGGAAUAGGAGGUAACUGUCUUUUAGCCGCAGUUUGAUCUCCAAAAGUCUUUCAGGCUUCCUAAUCGCUGUAGUAUAUUUCAAGCUGGAAUCUGUGCCGCAACAAAAGCAGAGGAAUUAGAGUUGGAAUUCACCCCUGUCGACACUCGCACAAGCAAUAUCUUCAUCGAUAGUCAACUGCUAUUAAAACAAUAAUGGUUGCAGUGACUACUUCGCAAUGCGUGCAACACUGUAGACCCAGAAUGGAUGACCUCUGCGAGAAUAGAUAGGUCAUAAUUUACUGGGUCCCAGCGCACAACGGAAUAGCGCGAAAUGAGAGAGGUGACGAGCUUGCUUAGGCAGGCGCCUGCUUUCCUAGGAUGAGUACGUCGAACAUAUAUCCCUCGUUCUCAGUUUUGUAGACUGAACUAGACGAAGAACUAACUCUGGGAGCACAGUCUAUAUGGGAAACCUCGAUUUUCCAUAGGAUUGCCAAAAUAAUGCUACGAACUUGCAACACAAAAACAACUCACUUUAUUCUCAAACUACCAAGGAAGGAAUGUUAAACAUUGGCUGAAGUACUGCCUGAUCAUUGUCUCCUCCAUAUCACGUAGCUUAAAUGGGAUUAGUCCAGAACGACGCGUGUAAAUGAGGCGAAGAAGAAAAGGGUACGUUAGAACACCUCCUUUGCCAUUGCCCUGCUCUAAGCAGAAUUCGUUACAACUGUCUGGGAUCGGCACACUUUUCAUCUCUGAAGGGUCUUACUGGCAAAAGUGUAAACUGUUUAUUAAAACUCGCCAAGACACAAACUAUGUUUAACACGACUCUAACAACACUGAGCUCUGUUCAGUGAGAUCUAUUCAGAUCAGCCAGACACAGCUAACUAACUCAACCUACUUGUAGAUAUGCAAGAUGUGUAAAAUUAUGUGCUUUGUAAAAAUAAUUACAUUAUUAAAGCGUUUAAAUACAGAAGUGCAAUUUAACGGGGCAAAAAAUUAAUGUGGUUUUUGCGAGUAAAGAUAAUCAGCCUCAUAUAAAAUUUUAUGAGCUAAACAAUCAAAUAGAAGGUUUGGCAAUUAGGUGGUGUUUUUCAUAUAAAAUAAUUUCGUGCUUGAAAUAAUACUCCCUUAAUUUUAGAGUAAUUUGUGCGUUCUUUUUC